AUGACUUCCUCCCUUCUCUCUCCCAACAACCAUACCCGUCACUCCCACUAUCUCGCCCCCAAUCAGCCAGCUGCUUCCCACAACGGAGGCUUCAAGGCAUCCUUGCGCAAGAUUCCUUCUGCGCUCUUCCACAAGUCGCCCAUCAGAGACCGUCCUACCAAGGGUCAAGUAUCUGCCGAGCCUUCCGUCAGCCACCUCCAGAGCAUGUCUCCUUCGCUCCGUGUCCCCAAGUCUGCUUUGGACACUGACGCGGGGACCAAGUCCAAGCUCAAAAACAAGAACAAGCCCCGCAAGGCUUUGGCUGAGCUUUUUGGCUGGGGUCACAACACCAACACCCAACCCAUUACUUCUCCUGCCCCCGCCCCUCCUUCCAAACCUAUCAACCAAGGCCCCACCCCCAGGGCAUCAUCCACCAUGCUUAGGAAGGUCAACCGCCCUCCUUCCACCAAAUCUACUUCCACCUCCAUCUCUCUCCGUCCCGCCGAGCCUCUUAUGCCUUCGAGGCCUAGCAUGAGCGAUGACCCCUUCAUGCGCGCCGAUGUCGGAGCGGAGGUGGUAGACAAUGUCUUUAGGCACGGUACGCCUUCUUUGAGGAGCCAGACGCCGAUGGAUAGGAGGUCGAGUGUGGCGUCGAGUAAGGCUUUGUCUUACAAGACCGUCAGCGAUGAGAGGCAUUCAAAGGAGGUCCAGGAGAGGCCUCCUCAUAUGACAACAAUACGUGCUACCCAGCAACAGCGCCACAUCUCGGCGCCGUUGCCGCCUCACAUCGCAUCCGACCUUCCUCCCGCGCCCACUUCUCUCGGCCGCGCUCUCGGCAGUGCGCCUCUUGUCUUUGCACCCUUGCCUGGAGUGCCCGAAGCUUCUCCCGUGGUGGUGGGGGAAACACUAAAGAAGACGUUGAAGAAGGAGAAGACAAAGAGCAAGGUAUGGGGUUUACUUGGAAGAAGCAAGUCGAAGAAGAGCAAGGCGCCCGUGGAGGCAGCCCCUCCUGUGCCGCCUCUGCCUACCAAGGAAUCUUGGGCCCAGUCUUCUGGUCCCGCACAGUCUACCACGUCUCUCGUCAGCAAGAUGGACGAAAAGUAUGCUUUUGCUACUGCGCGUACCAACUACUCUUCUUUGCGAACCUCGCGAGUGCCUGUUCCCGCCAUCAACGCCACGGCUCGAAGCGGUUCGACCCUCUCUGGUCCCCGAUCCGAGGAGGGUACCGUCAUCUACGAAAGCGUCGUUGGCUCCACCCACGACCGUCCCUCCACCGACGGACCUCGACAAGCUAUCGAAGCUCUCAUGGGCCCCACCCGUCUCCCUAAGCGCAAGUCCCUCACCGGCUUGUUCGGACUUGGCAGCAGGAAAAGCACGGACAAGCUCAAGGCUUCUUCGCCUGGCCGUGCUGCUUCGUCGCCUCCCCGCAUGAUGGGCCAGCCUACUCUGAGGUCCUUGAAGGAGGAGAGGGAGGAUGUUGCAGAGCCUUUUCGUCCCGCCAAGACCGCUUCUUUGGUUUCCUCGCAAGCUCCCAAGAUCCCUACGCCAAAGGCCGAUGUCUUUACUUGUCGAUUCGGUUCUUUGCCUCUGAAUAUUGCUGCGAGAGCCGAGGUGCCCAAGAAUCAAGGUGGUAUUCGACGAGUCACCUCAGCCACCGACAAACUCCUCAACCUUGUCCACGCUUUCGACCUUUCUCCUGCGUCCAGCAGAAGCCCCACGUUGCACCACAUGUCUUCAAGCAACACUCUCCGAGCCGACGUUAACGGUAGCCCUACCCCGCUCCGCAAAGUCCGUUCUGCCAUGCUCGGUCGCCCGAGCUCGAACUCGCUCAAGCCUUCUUCGGCCAAUAUUAGCCCGCUCAAGCUUGCUUUGAACCGAUCGCAAGCUGCUGCAAACAGUCUCAAGUGCAGGAAGGCUCCCGAGCUUGCUGAGAACCCUGCCGAGACCAUGGCUCCUACGCCUUCACCUCCCAGGCAGAGCUUGGUCAGGAAGGGUAUGCGCAACAUCUUUGCUCCUCCUUCCCCCGUGUCCAAUGCAGCUGAGCGACCUAUGCUUACACCUGUGGUGUUCUCCUCGGCCAAGCUCAACGACGAGACUGUCGGUAUGGGUAUCAACAUUUUCCGCCACAGCUCCGAGCCCACCGUCAAGGUCAGCGACGGCUCCGACCUGCCUUUCGACCUCAAGCCGGUCGUUGCCAACACCGACGCCGCAAAGGCGCAGUACUCUCCCAGCAAGACUGCCAAACUCGGCCUUCCUGCUGCUCCGCCUCAGAACAGAGUCACCCCUCGACGAACUGGCUUUGCGCCUCCUGCAUUGUCUCUACCUCCCGUGCCCAACGUCGGGCUGCCCGAGCUCGAGCAGAGCACUCCUGCGCCCGAGGCCACCGCCGAGUACAACAACCGCGACUCUAUGUUUAGUGACAUGCUCACCGCUGGGCCUCAUGAUCAGCACCGUGACACGUUCGACUUUACGAGCGAGUACCAGGCUUUGGACCAGGGUACUCAGCGUCACUCUUUCGUCGAGGCUUUGAGGAAGGUUGGGAGCGUGCAGAUGUUGAUGGGUGGAGACCUUCUGCCUUUGCCGAUUCUUUCUCACGAGACCCUCAAGGUCUCUCCGACUGAGCAGGUCCCUUCGUUCCAUAUUUCCAAGCCUUCUGACGGCACGUCCCUCGACAAUGCCCAUGACGACGAUUCGGACGGCGAGGAGGAUGACGAAGAUGAAGCGUUUGGCGACGAUGAGGGCUUGGAGGAGACUGCCGAGAUUCACCAUGUGAUGGGUAUCGCCAAGACCAGCCCGGUCCGCCGAGAGCCUUUCAAGGGUCAAGUCUCUUUCCAGCAGCAGAUGACCAUGCGCACGAAGGCGAGUGUCGCCUCUUUCGGUGCACCCGAGCCUGCUCUUCCCGAAGAGCUCCCUGCUUUGCCCGCCGUCCCCGAUGCCUUCGCUCCUACCCACAGGCGAGGUCAGUCGAGUGUCGCUACGAUGUCGAGCAUUGGCUCUGUCAUUGGCGUCGGCACUGAGCGCGAGUACACCAACUAUUUCGACUAUGCUGUUCCCCAGCAACAGUCUCAUUCGCGCGCGCCUUCUGUCACCGAGACUGUCGAGGAAAUCAUCGACGAUCUGCCAGAGAGAUCACCUUCUCGACAGGCUAUGGCCAACUUCAAGUUUGGCGCUCAGCUCAAUACUCGUCCUACUACCCGCCGCUCGCACCACCGCCGCAACUCUUCCAUCGCUUCUGUCGACUCUGUCGGUGGCGUCGACCUGCACAACGUCAUCCACGGUGGUCCUCCCGUCAGUAUGCACAACAAGAACCGGUCUUCGUAUGUCAGCCGACACCGCCGGGGCAUGUCUGGCGAGAGCUCGUUUGGCCGACCCGACUGGGCUGCUCACCGUCGAAACACUUCUUCCGUCGCCAGUACCUCUUCGAACGUAUCUAUCUCUCAGAUCGUUAGGCCGGGUCUUGGUGAUAGGAUGUUUACCAAUCUCGACGGCGGGGUCAAGCUUACGUCCAUCACCGGUUCGCCUCCUGAUGAGUCAAAGGGAAACACUUCUCACCAGAGGACAGCCUCAUGGGACAGUCUCUUUGACGCUACCCAAGCCCAGAUGGUGCAAGACUCGAUCUUUGACGUCAGCCGAUCCAAGAUGGUCGAUGACUCUUUGUUUGGCGGUCAAGACAGUCAGCGAGACUCGUUCUUGUCCAGCGGCGACUCUUCCCGCAUGUCUGCCGAUGCCGACUCGUUGUUUGGUCCCGGGCAGUCGUCCUCCAACAAGAACUUUGUUCUCCGAGGUUUGCGUCCUGUGUCUACCAUCUCUACCGACACUAGCAAUUCUGCUGUGGAUGACACUUUUGCAGACUCGGGUAAUGUCGCAAAGAAGAUCGAAGAAUAUGAGAGGUGCUUGCAGGCUGAAGGCGAGGAUGUGUCCAAUAUGACUCCCCUCGGCAAGAGGAUGGCACAGCCGAUCAACGGUCGCCAGAUGCUUGGGUCUUCCAUGUCCCGACCUGCCAAACCCAACCGCCGUCGUCCUCACCAACUCGUCUUUUCCGACGUCCCCAUGGACACCCCCGGUCUCACCUCUCCAUCUGCGUCCGAGUCUUCUAGCAGGGUUUCUCUCGAUACCAAUGCCGCUUCUCUCAUCCUUGGCGGGGCUCGAGCCCGUGGUCAUUGCCGUCAGGCAUCAUCCGCUCAAGUCAACGUUGGCGCCACCAUCCACGAAGUCCCCUCCAUCGCUACUCUGCGUCCCAAGAAGGCUUCCAACAGCCCCGAGCACACCAGACGCAGUGUCCUCUCGCAGCACGAGCCUACCAUCAUGGGCGUUGACAUGCUCGAGUCUGAUAACGAGAUCGAUAGGGUCGACUCUGUUAGGAGCUGGGUGCAGUGGGAGCGAGAGGCGAUAGAUGAGUUUAGAAAGACGAAGAAUAUCUGGCGAGACAGCGAAGAGUCCAAGAUGGCCAUUUCUGACUGGAAGAUGCCCCAAACUUCCGACGAGAUCGCCGCUUUCCUUGCCCAGUCUUCACAAGCCUACAAGCCUCUUGAGCAAGAGCAGCUUCCCCCCGGCCGUACUGCCCAUCGCCGCAAGUCUUCUCUCCAGGAUGCUCGAUCCAUGUGCUCCCCUUAUGGUCUGCCUCUCCCAAGACCGGCACCUGUCAACAAGCCCAAGAUGUCUCUCACAACAAAGUACGAGAAGAAGAGCUCGACCGGUUCCAAGGCUUCUACCGCGCCUUCUGCUUUCAGCUUUGCAUUCUUCCCCGACGACGUCCCCGAGGCGCCCAGCACUGCUCCUUUGCCUACCACCGCUCAAGUCACCUCCCCUCUCGCUAGUGUCUUUGCACCCUUUGCUCGCGAAACACCAGCGUCUCCACCUCCUACGCUUGCGCCUUUCAAGCCUGUCAGCCCCUUCCAGCUUCCUACGCUUGAUGCCUUUGGGCUGCGCAAGUGUCUCGAAGACAAGACUGGAAAGGUAAAUGUGCAAAAGGAGGAGGUCAAGAAGGAGGCAGAUGGCGAGAAGAGGAAGCGGGUCGACUCGAAAGCGAGACGACAGGCGCUUGGAUGGGGUCGAAGGAGAGAUUCCGACGGUCCCGACAAGGUUGUUGCUAUUGGCCACGCCAAAAUGGCGUCUGAAGUCCCCAAGAAGCCGACACUGUUCAAGCCUUUACAGAACAAAGCUUCGGUGGAGAAGAAGGCCAAGGGAGGCAAGGACAAGGAGAACUCAUUCAGGGGUGAAAAGUCGCGUAUCUUUACAGUCAAGGGCCAGGAUAGCGCAAUCAACAGACCACAACCACCCAAAGCUCAAGCUGGCAACAGGUCUCCUACGAAGCGCAAGCCGGCCCCACGUUACGUUGCUAGCCAACCGACCGGUCUUCGCAUCUAA